AUGACUAGAAGUGAUAUAAUAAUUAGCAUUUGUUCAGCACGUGCGGAGGACUGGGAUCGUGUUGAGGUGGAGUAUCGAACGUUCGUGGGAUGGAAAAGUUGCACGUCGAAUGUUAGGAAAUUCGACGAAUUGCCGCAGAAAUGUCGAGAAUACGUGAAUUUUAUUGAAGAAUUUAUCGGUGUUCCGAUUAAAUGGAUCGGCGUAGGUGAAGAGCGUGAGUCGUUGAUUGUUCGUUGA